AUGAUGAAUGAUCAGCCACAACAAGAAGUAGAACCACAACCACAGCCACAAGAAGAACCAGAACCAGAACCACAGCCACAACCACAAUCGAGGAAAAAAAGAACAGCCACAAGACUAAUCGACCAUAAAGAGCCACACGAAGUUGAUUUCAACAAUAUUGGUCAGCAUGUCGGGAAGAAACAAAUUGGAAGAAAGUGCCAAUUGCUCAAAAAAGAUAUGCUAUGGUCGACAAUUAAGAAACGUUGGAAUAUUCCAAAUGACAACCGUAAAAAAGAUGUGCUUAGAACAUGCAACAGCCAGUGGAGAGCCUUCAAGAAAAGGCUUAAAAAGAAAUGCGAUAACCAAAGAGAUCCACUUGAGACAUACUCAUAUUUGGAAAGAAGUACAUUGCAGAGCUUUAGACAGAGAAUAUCAUCAGAGGAGUUCCAAGAGAUAAGUGAGAAAGCGCGGAUAAAAAGCGAGCGUUCACUGCAUUAUGUUAUGGGUAGAAGAUCUAAAAAUGAGUUGGGGUCGAACAUAAUACCGCCUACCAUACAACCCCCCAUAGUGGAUAAGCUUGUCGAUGUCCAGACUCAAAUCUCUGAAGGAGAUUUGGAGCUCAGUCCAGGAGAGGACUUGUUGACAAAUGUAAUAGGACCGGAGCACCCGGGCCGUACCAGGGCUGUUGGUCAUGAUGAAACGAUAGAUCUGAUGGGCUCCCAAUUGGAAAAGCUACAAGCACACUUUGACUUACAACAGGGGUCUAGGAACCAUGCCCCAGAUAAUGUAAGCUUAGGGGUUCAACAAAAUAAUUGUGGCUCGACUCCAACAUUAGAUGCUUUGGAUGCGAUAAAGAUGCCUACCCCUUGUGAAUUGGUGUUACCCUAUGGGGAGUUGGACCAAAAAUGUGCCAAGGGAUUGGUCUUUCCAUUUGGGAAUGGGGGCGGUUGGCACUGUAAUUCAAUGACCCCGGCUUGCAAUUAUUCUUGCAAAGGAACAAAGAGGGAAGAAACAAAUUCCAACCACAAGUUUGCCGAUUCUGGGAUUUUGGAAGUCGGGACAUAUGAUUUUUCGGUUACAUGUGAAGAAUAUUUUCGGCUGCUGAGAAAACAAACAACUGAUGCUUCCAUCAUAACUGCUUGGCAACUGAUUCUUCAUUCAAUGGUUCGGACACGUAUGAACAAAUGUGCUUUCUUGAACCCUUAUAAUAUUCUAGGGGAGGCAUGCCAGAAAAACCCAGAGGGUGUCGUUAGUUAUCUUGUUGAUUCCAUUCGUCUGCAUCACGGAAAAUUGUUUCUCAUUGCACCAUAUUUGCAACAUAAGCAUUGGGUGCUUUUGGUGAUUUCCCUUCGCAAUCGCGUUGUCUAUAUUUUGGAUUCUCUUAAGAAUCGUAUAGAAAAGUCUGCCGACUACCAUUACCUACUCAAAAAACAUGUGGACAUGGCUUUCAUGAGGUAUGAAAAAGACACUUCAACUCCAAUUGGAUGGAUUUUUGCUGAGUGCAACCAACAACUUGGUGGUUUAGAGAGCGGACAUUAUGUAAUGUGAUGGAUGUUUGAUUUCUUGACGACAAGACAACAUGGAUUUCUAAGUAAAUCCGGUAGCAUUUUGGAUGACAAAGGUCCCUUUGAGGAAAAGAUGUUGCUUGCAACUGUUGCUACCUGGUCUAGAGAGUUUUUGAAUAACUACAUGAAUGAUGUGGUCCUCUAAAAAAAGCAUAUAUGGGACGUUAGAAGAAACAACCACUACAAUUGAUUUUUUGGACAAUCCCUAUGCCAAGUCAAGACAAAUGUUUUUUUUUGUAAGUUUUCAUGCAAGUUGUAUGAUGUAUGAAAUUACUAAAUCCAUGAUUUCUUUUGCUACUUAGACAAUUGUCUUUGUUUGAUUAUAUUUUUAUCAAUGACUAUUAUGGUUUAUUUAACAUUUCCACAUAAAAA